AAAGCUGAGUGUUUAGCUACACAGAACAUAUUCAAACAAUCACCAACGAGCAUACACUACAGUGAAAAGAAAGAAAAUGUUUUUCGCGCUACUUUUAACCUUCGCUUCAUACCCUGUAUUUUCUGCUGGACAGACAUGCGGAACAAAGCCAGAUUUAUAUUGUAAGCUCAACAAUCUGGAACAGCGCAUUAGCAGAUUAGAAACAAUCAAAGAACCUCAUGUCGAGUAUUUAGCCACUGGUUUUGAGAUCCUUGGCACUGAUGUGACGUUUCCUAAUGUGGUCAUGAACAAUGGUAAUGGAUACAACAGAACUACAGGACAGUUCAAGGCUCCAGUUGCCGGUAUGUACUACAUAGCCGCCACACUAUCCCCUGCACAGGAAAAGGACUACCAAAAGGUUCAAUGUUAUGUUCAAAAGAACGGAGUUAGCAUACUUGACCUUUUCUCCGAUAAGUUCGGUGCUCAUGAAGUUGGAUCAUAUCAGAUAACAGCGACAAUGCCUGUAUAUCUUGCUAUUGAUGAUGUUGUCAGUGUUGGUGCAUGUACUUCCUACGAAGGAAUACACAAUGAUCAUGGGACCAGUUUCAAUGGGAUUCUCUUAUAUACAGCUUAACGACCAAAUGAGAUCAAGAAUAUAGAAAUACUUGUGAAAUGAUUGAUGAAGAACUAUAAGAACAAUAAAACUCUGCACCGAUAA